AUUGUUUCCAGACAGCGCGGAUGCUGCCUGCUAAGGGAGCAGCAGUGGGCGUGUUCUCAAUGGCGCACUAAUACAUUAGUCCUAGGAAUUGUAUCCUACUGUACCCGUUGUGCGCAUGCAGCAUGUUCUGAAUGAAUUAAAAAUAAUAUACUGUAUUUAUAUAAUAUACUGUAUUUCUGAUAACCGGACACGCCACGUGGUUCUGCCCAGUACAGUGCAGUGUCUGUAGUGUAGUGCGGCGCGCGGCGGAAGUGGAGCGCAGUGAAUCAGUGCCCUCGCUAGUGUGCUGCUGUAGUACAGGCGGCGCUUUGUUCCACUCACGCGCACUCGCCGUUAGAAGCGCGACGCGUCACGCCAGUCUAACGGAAAACAGCGGCUCUGCGCUGGGGAUGAAGGGAUCGGUCUCCGGCGGAGAAUAAGCGGAGGAUUCCUCAGAGCGAGCCGGCUCCCGCGGCUGGACUCGGGUCAGAAGCCAGGAUUGUCCCGCGGCUGGAUGCGGAGGAAUAGAAUGAGCGCGGCUUCGUAAACACUCGGUUCUCCAAACACUCCCGCUUUAUUCCCGCGCCAUGGACAAGAUGGAGCAGGAGGUGUUCACGCCUUUGUUGGAGGAUUUUCUGCUGUCUCCGCUGGUGUGCUGGGUGAAGACGGUGUCUCCGCUGCGCUCCGAUGGCUCUCCUCUGUCGGAGUUCGUGACGCUGCUGGACGGGGUUUAUCUGAACGACAUCAUGACUGAGAUAAACCCAAAGAGCAGCGUCCAGAGAGCCCACAGGAAGGUCAACAGCGACCCGACGCUGCGCGUCCAGAACCUGUCCAUCCUCGUGCAGCAGAUCAAGUGCUGCUAUCAGGAGACGCUGCAGCAGCUGGUGGUGAUGUCACUUCCUGACGUGCUGGUGCUGGGCCGGACCCCUCUGAGCGAGCAAGGACUGGAGGAGAUGAGGAAGAUCCUGCUGCUGCUGCUGGGCUGUGCUGUACAGUGUAACAGGAAGGAGGAAUACAUCGACCGGAUCCAGAUGCUGGACUUUGACACGCAGGCAGCCAUCGCCGCUCACAUUCAGGAGGUGACCCAUAACCAGGAGAAUGUGUUUGACCUUCAGUGUGUGGAGGAGAGCGAGUCUGUCCUGCACGAUAAAGACACCGUCUUCAGACAGCUGACCUUUAACCUCAAGCGCCUGGUCGACGAGAGAGACCAACACGCUGAGAUGAUCGUGUCUCUGACUCUGGAGCGGGACAGUGGGCACGGCUCUCUCCACGCCUCCCCGUCUCCCGGCGAGUCGCCCAGCAUGAGACGCACGGAGAGCGUGCAGCAUCUGUCCGUGGAGCUGGCCGACGCCAAAGCCAGGAUCAGACGCCUGCGGCAGGAGCUAGAGGAGAAGACCGAGCAGCUGCUGGACUGCAGACAGGAGCUGGAGCACAUGGAGUCAGAGGUCAAGAGACUGCAGCAGGAAAACCUGCAGUUGCUGUGUGACGCGCGGUCGCUGCGGGCGUAUCGUGACGAGCUGGACGCGCUCCGAGAGAAGGCCGUCAGAGUGGACAAACUGGAGAGUGAAGUGAUGCGCUACAAAGAGAAACUCCAUGACAUUGAGUUCUACAGGACCAGAGUGGAGGAACUGAAGGAGGACCAUCAGGUUCUCCUGGAGACCAAGAGCAUGCUGGAGGAUCAGCUGGAGUCGUUCAGAGCUCGAUCUGAUAAGCAUCAUGAACUGGAGAAGGAAAAUCUGCAGCUUAAAAACAGGAUCCAUGACAUGGAGAUGGAGCGAGACAUGGACAGGAAGCGCAUGGAUGAGCUGCUGGAGGAGAACCUGAUGCUAGCGGUGGCCCAGAAACAGAGCAUGGACGAGUCUCUGCAUCUGGGAUGGGAACUAGAGCAGCUCUCCAAAACCACACCCGAGCUCACUGAAGUGCCGCAGAAGUCUCUGGGUCACGAGGUGAACGACCUGACGUCCAGUCAGCUGCUGAAGCUGGAGAAGGAGAAUCAGAUGCUGCUGAAGAGCGUGGAGGAGCUGAAGGCGUCCAGUGAGAGCGGCCUGCGCCUCCGACUGGAGAAAGACAACCAGAAACUCAGCCAGCAGCUGGAGCAGCUGCAGGCGGAGCUGACCGCAGACAGAGAGGGUCUGCGCAGUGCUGAGAGUCUGAGCGCAGACCUGCUGAAGGAGAAGGCGCAGCUGGAGAAAACACUGGAGAUGCUCCAGCAGAACUCGGACAGACAGGUCAAGGGUCUGGAACAGGAGAACCAAUAUCUAAACCAGACCAUCACCUCUCUCCGGCAGCGCUCUCAGGUCAGCGCUGAAGCCCGCGUCAAAGACAUCGAGAAAGAAAACCGCGUGCUGCACGAGUCCAUCAAAGAGACCAGCAGCAAGCUCAACAAGACGGAGUUUGAGCGCAAACAACUUCGCAAAGACCUGGAGCACUACAAAGAGAAAGGAGAAAGAGCCGAGGAGCUGGAGAUGGAGGUCCAUCGGCUGGAGCGAGAGAAGGAGAGUCUGCAGAAGCGACUCGCUGCUCUCGCCAUCACCUGCGGGAAGGUGGAGGUGUUGGAGAAGGAGAAUGCUGAGCUGGAAGCGGAGAGCAGGAAACUUAAGAAAGCGGCGGAUGGACUGAGGAACGUUUCCUAUCAGCUGGAGGUCCUGGAGAAGGAAAAUGCUCAGCUGGACGAAGAAAACCUGGAGCUCCGGCGCAUGGUGGAGUCUUUACGAUCCGCCGGAGCGAAGGCGGCCCAGCUGGAGCUGGAGAACAAAGAGCUGGAGAGCGAGAGAACUCAACUCAAAAAAAGCCAUGAGCUGCUGAAGGCUUCGUCCAAAAAAAACGAGCGUCUGGAAGUUAGUUACCAAAGCCUCGACGCAGAGAAGCAGCGGCUCCAGAAAGCCCUGGAGAACGGCAGCCGCAAGAUUCAGCAGCUGGAGGGAGAGCUGCAGGACACGGAGCUGGAGAACCAGAGCCUGCAGCAGAGCCUGGAGGAGCUGAAGAUCUCCAGCAAAGGUCUGGAGCAGCUGGCGCAGGAGAACGCGGUCCUGGAGCAGGAGAACACUCAGCUGGAGAAGGACAAGAAACAGCUGGAGAAGGAGAACAAACGGCUGCGACAGCAGGCUGAAAUCAAAGACUCCAAGCUCGAUGAAGACAACCUGCGCAUCUCUCAUCUCGAGAAGGAGAACCGCACGCUGGGCAAGGAGGUCACCGCUCUCAAAGACAUGUGUGGUCGCGUGAAAGACUUGGAAAAGAACAAUAAAGAACUGGUCAAACAAGCAACCAUAGACAAGAAGACCCUGGUCACUCUGAGAGAGGAGCUUGUCAAUGAAAAAUUAAAGACCCAGCAGAUUAAUAAUGACCUGGAGAAGCUGACCCAUGAGCUUGAGAAGAUCGGACUCAAUAAAGAGGGGCUUCUGGGUGAUGAAGAGAGCUCUGAUGACAGGUUUAAGCUUCUAGAGUGUAAACUGGAGUCCACUCUGAAGUCCUCUCUGGAGAUCAAAGCGGAGAAGAUCGCUGCUCUAGAAGCCCGACUGCAGGAGUCCUCCAACCUCAACCAGCAGCUACGACAGGAGCUCAAAACGGUGAAGAAGAACUACGAGGCUCUGCGCCAGCGUCAGGAGGAGGAGUGUUCGGCUCAGAGCUCGCCUGCUCGAGGACGGGAGGACGCACACAGCGUCAGCAAAUGGGAGAAGGAGAGUCAGGAGGCCACGCGAGAGCUUCUGAAGGUCAAAGACCGACUCAUAGAGGUGGAGAGAAACAACGCCACUCUCCAAGCAGAGAAACAGGCUCUCCGGACGCAGUUGAAGCAGCUGGAGUCCCAGAGCAGUAAUCUACAGGCGCAGAUAUUAGCUCUUCAGAGACAGACCGCGUCGCUACAGGAGAACAACACCACGCUACAAACACAGAACGCCAAACUACAGGUGGAGAACUCGACGCUGAACUCUCAGAGCGCCGCUCUCAUGUCCCAGAAUGCUCAGCUGCAGACGCAGCAGUCCGGCACGGAGAGCGAGAGGGACGUGGCCAUACGAGAGAAGGAGGAACUGCGCACGGUCUACGAUCUGCUGCUGCACGAUCACGAGAAGCUGUCUGCGCUGCACGAGAGGCAGGCGGCGGAGUACGAGGAUCUGAUCGGCAAACACGGAGAGCUGAAGAGCGGCCACAAGAGCCUGGAGCUGCAGCACCGCGGCCUGGAGAACAGGUACAAUCAGCUGCUGAAGCAGAAGACCGAGCUGGAGCAGCUGGAGAAAGAGCUCAAAGCUGAGCGAGAGAAGAUGAUCUCCGACAGCAAGAGCCAUCAGGACACGGCCGCACAGUACCAGAAGCUCAGCGAGGAGCACCACACGCUGAGCUCCACGUACCAGCAGCUCCUGAAGGACAACGAGCUUCUGCAGACGGAUCAUAAGACCCUCAAGAGUCAGCUGAACACGGCCCGUCUGGAGCAGACGCGUCUGGAGGCCGAGUUCUCCAAACUCAAGGAGCAGUACCAGCAGCUGGACAUAACCUCCACCAAACUGACCAACCAGUGCGAGUUGUUAAGUCAGCUGAAGGGGAACCUAGAGGAAGAGAACCGGCAUUUGCUAGAUCAGAUCCAGACCCUCAUGCUGCAAAACCGGACCCUGCUGGAGCAGACCAUGGAGAGCAAAGACCUGUUCCACGUCGAGCAGAGACAAUACAUUGAUAAACUCAAUGAACUGAGGAGACAGAAAGAGAAACUUGAGGAGAAAAUUAUGGAUCAGUAUAAAUUUUAUGACCCGUCACCUCCACGAAGGAGGGGCAACUGGAUCACGCUGAAGAUGAGGAAGCUCAUCAAGCCAAAGAGUCGAGAGCGCAUGCGCUCUCUCACGCAGACCCCGCCCCGCUCCGAGUCCAGUGAAGGGUUCCUGACGCUGCCGCACCCGGACAGUCAGGACAGCUCGUCCGUCGGCUCUGGAUCCAACUCGCUGGAGGACACGCUCACCCACCGCAGCAGCACGCUGAAAAAGCUUCCGUUCAUGAGGAACCGAUCCAAGGAGAAAGACCGAGUGAAGGCCGUCUACCGCCGCUCUAUGUCCAUGAACGACCUGCUGCAGACGAUGGCUGUGUCCGAGGGUCAGUGGUCCAGCAGCACGGAUCAUCUAGAAGCUCCAGACGAGGCCAUCGGCGCUCAGCAUGGGAAGGAGUUUGGAUCCAUGGACUACGCCGGGCUGAGCCUGACCCGCGGCCGCAGCGCUCGCCUCCGCUCCGAUACAGGUGCAGCCGUGUCCAGCGAAGACGUCAUGCAGCUGUCGUCGGAGGAGCGAGCUCAGGGUGUGAUGAACGGCAGCGCGAGUCGGCCUCAUAGCGAGAGCAGUGACGUCAGUGUGAGUCUGGACAGUCCCGCGAGGCAGACCUCGGCGCAGCACAGCGCUCUGGAUGGCAAACGCAGGGCCAAAUCUGCAGGGAGCGAGAUGGUUUCCCUGCAGCAGUUCCUGGAGGAGAGCACAGAGCCAGCAGAGGCCGCUCUCUCAGCGCAGUCGUCUGGUGUGACCGGAGCCGCGCCGCAGGCGUCCAGAGAGCGUGUGAAGAGCCGAGGCAUCCUGCGCUCGGCCAGCGGCAAGGCCUCUGCGGCGGACUCCAGCGGCGCUCGAGCCGGUCAGCCGGGCCGCCCCAGCCUGCGCAAGGCCGAGAGCACGCGCUCCAAGGGCUCUGCGCCGCCCCGAGCCGGCCUGUCAGCGCAGAGCAAAGCCUCGUCAGCGUCGCUGUCGGAGCGGCUGGACUCGGCCGCCGGCCUGCCCCGCGCCAGCAGCGUCAUCUCCACCGCCGAGGGCUCCGUCCGCCGCACCAGUAUCCACGAGCUGCUCUCCAAGGACAGCCGGCAGCCCGUGCUGGUGGACCCCGCGCCCGUCCGCUCCCAGAGUGAGUACAGUGACCCAGCCCUGCCCAAGUCCGCUAGCAUGCCCUGCCGCGUAGAGGAGCCCGAGCCGUCCAGCCUGCAGGCCUUUCUAGGUCCCUCCUUCACCGUAGACUCCAUCUUUCUGGACUCCAUCUUUAGCGAGCCAGCGGUGACGGGCGGCGCUAGAAACCAGGCCAUCCUGUCACUCAACACGUCUCUCGUUAGUAGCAUUAGCGGCCCUCCCCAUAAUGCCAAGCGCUCAGACGAGCAGCCCGCCGAGCCCGAGCCCGAGCCCGAGGCCGAGGCCGGCUUCCCCUCGGAGGACGGCCAGUCGCUGUGGUACGAGUACGGCUGCGUGUGACCCCUGACCCCUGCCUGCAUGAGUCUGCUCUGUGUUAUGUCUUUGUAGCGACACUCAUGUUAUUCUUCUGUUGGACUGAACCUCCAUCACUGUUAUAUUAACUGAUGCUGUCUGUUGUGUGUGUAACCGCUGAUCCACUUUCAUAUUUAUGAAAAUGAGGCUUGUAGAACAAGUCCCAUGAUGCUCCUCUGAUUGUUUUAUUUAAAUGACACGGUGUGGCUGUGUUCCCGAUGGUGUUUGUGUGCAUGGCUUUACCCUCCACGCUCCAUUCUGGUGUGGGUUGUGUUGGCGUGUGGUGUGAGCCGUAGCGUCACGCGUGGGGCCGGACCUCCAGGGAGACUGUACGAACACACCGUUCUCUGCAGGUCAAACUGCUGAUUCAGCGCCGAUCGUGUUCGAUGCAUGCUGUGUAUCCACGUAACGUCCUUCAGGACAUUGAUUCUUCUGUAAUGUGCCGUUGAAGUGUGGCUUGCUUUCGUUCUGCAGAUGUGGAAGUGUUACAGGAAAACAGGAAGUCUAAGAGCAGAGGUGGAGCUCAGAGUUUGUCCUGAAUUCACACGGUGAGUGUCACGAUCCUCCUCAGCAAACUCUUGAACCCUCGAGAACUCCUCUUUGUCCGCCUCCAGCCCAGAGUACAGGGAGCUGAUGCGUUCCUCACUGAUCAGAAUCACAGUAAUCCAUACCCAGCAUUAAAGGGGUCAUGACAUGGAUUUUUUUAUUAUUUUAAUGUUCCUUGAGGUUUACUUACAACAUUAAUAGUUUUUUGCACAAAUGAUUAUUUUCAACCCUCAUUCUGACCCUCUCUCUAAAACAGCCUGUUCUAGGGGGCGGGUCCUUUUAGGCUCAUCAGUAAUCAGCCGCUGUUAUGAUUGGCUAACAUCACUGCAUAGGAAACAGUAUCAACGCCCCCUCGCUAUUAUGAGUGUUUUGACAACAUGAUCAAAAUAAAGAGGUCAUUUCCAGACAAAGCAUUAUGAAAUCAUCUGCAAUCUAGUUCCGCUUCUUCGUUCAACAAAUGUUUCUUUGUGACUCUCCAGGACACUGCGCCUCGUUCACAAAACAAAACGCUCAGAUCAAUCUUCAGAAACGAUCCAGGAUGCAUUAAAAAUAAACUAUCCACUUGAUCCUUACACUGGGUUCCUUCUGAUAUCUGUACAAAGACGUGAACGAGCUGCUUAAAGCAAACGUUCCCUCACUGCAUCUGUCCUGAUGACAGACUCGAGCGCUGGACUGUCAGAAAGAGAACUGUAUCCAGUGUUAAGAUAGAGGCAGUGAUUGUCAUUUCUAUUAACUUUUGACGCAUUCAGUGUGAUCAAGAGUCAGCCGUUAGCGAGGGAACGCCGGUGGGCGGGGCCUAUGUCGACGUGUCACUCAGGAGGUGGAGUUUAUGCAAACGACUCGUGCUAGAUGACAUCACUUGCCCCUCGGAUCCAAAACUAGCCGUUUUCUGAAGGUUAUUACAUAAAUGAUAUUUACUGAUGAUGAGGACAUUUUAAGCUAUGAAACUUGCAGGAUGAAUUAAGCGUACAAAGACCCCUUCUGUGUCAAAAGAUCGAGGCAAAUUUGAUUUCUCAUGUCAUGACUCCAUUAAACAGCAUCAUCAGAAAUAUUUUCACAUCGAAUCUCCAAAUGAAAGGCAGGGCAGGUGAUUUGGUUCAGAAGCAUGUUUUGUUACGCUGGUUGAAAGUCUCUUCACAUCCCGAUAGCAAUCACUAAGUGCUCUAAAUGUAUUUAUCUGUAUUUAUAUUGUCUGUGGAAGGCCUAGGACCAUAAAAUGUUAAAACAAUAUUCACAUAAUCCCAUUACAUUGUUUGUCAUAUUUAGAGGUUUUUUUAUAUACAGUAGUUUGUUUGGUGUUUCUGUCUCAGUUAAUAUCUUCUCUCUCUGUUUGAAUGAGAGUGAUCUGUUCAUUUUUCCUCACUUUAUUUUGCGCAUUCAUGUUCACGAUUAAUAUGUAAUAAAAUUUCUAGUUAAAACAUUUGAUAUCAAUAUUGUUUUUAUGAGAAUCAGUCUGCUAUCGCAAGUAUUCAUAGUUGUUUUGGUUCUCACCUGACUGCAUUACUGAUACUGCUUUUCCGCCGGGGCCGGGGCCGGAGCCGGAGCCAGAGCCGGAGCCCUACUAUUAACCAGGCUGUGCUUUUCCACUCUAAAAAAUCCUGUAAAACCAGGGAACCUAGAUGCCAGUAAGCGGCACUUCCACUACAGACCACAGUUUGAAAGGCCGUCUGAGUUCAGGUAAAUUAACAACAUUAACAACAACAAUUAAAUGUCCGCAGAAGAGACGAAAGAUAAGCGAUUGCGGCCACAGGUUGGUGACUGUGUUCUCUGCCGGUGGAAACACGAGUGCCACUCUGGGCCGAGCACCGGCUCCAGCUCCAGCUCCAGCUCCAGCUCCCGAUGGAAAAGCAUCAUGACAGGACCAAUCAAAUACCGAUCUGUCACCGCGCUCUCCAUCGCGCAGCUGAACAACCGUGAUCGUGUACUGUAACAGGAAACAUUAGCUGAACCAAUUUAUGAAGUGGAAAAAAAAGCAACUAAUUGCAUUAAAUAUUUUUGUUAUUUAGGUUCAUUUAUGACAUUAGGCAAAAAUAUUAAACCCAGAAAUUAAUGUUUGUUUUUUUUCCCCUCAGCCACAUAAAAACAUUUUUUUGUUAUUUUAAUAUUUUUAUUCAUCAAGGCUGCAUUAAAUUAAUCGAAAACUGCAUUAAAGACAUUUAUAAUGUUACGGUAGAGUUCUGUUUCAAAUAAAUGCUGUUCUUUUGAACUUUCUAUUCAUCUGUAAAUCCAGAACAAUCUAAUUUAUCACAGUUUCCACAAAAAUAUUGUGCAGCACGACUGUUUUCAACAUUAAUAAUAAUCAGAAAUGUUUGUUGAGCAGCAAAUCAGCAUAUUAGAAUGAUUUCUGAAGAUCAUGUGACGCUGAAGACUGCAGUAAUGAUGCUGAAAAUACAGCUGCGCAUCACAGAAAUAUAUUAUAGUUUAACACAAAUUCACACAGAAAACAGCUGUUUUAAAUUGUAAUAAUACUACUGUUUUUACUUGUUUUCAAUCAAAUAAAUGCAGCCUUGUGAGCAGUAGAGACUUCUCAAGCAAAAACAUUUUAAAAAUCUUACGCCAGCUGUUUGAAUGCGUUCUAUGGAAAUGAAAUUGAAAUGUAUUUUUGUAUGAAUCUGUCCAGAGACCAAAUGAACCAAACAAAACAAUUCAGAAGUUAUUUUCUUUACAUCACAUUAAAUA